AUGGCCGCUUGGAUUUCCUGGGCCUCGUCGCAUUGUUAUCCAUUCAAUUCGUCGGCGCAGCUCAAGGUGGACCCUUACAUCGUCGACCUCAACUUUCAUGUCAACAAUAUGCUUUUGCCAAUGUCGGUGCUAAACUAUAUUCCAGAUCGACUCUAUCUCGCCGCCUACCUCCAAGCUCCCACAGCAGACACUCCGUUCCCCUACCCCGAGGAGCCUGCUUCUCCCAAGAAGCGAAGCCAACGACUUGCUGCUGGCGCUACCCCGCUCGCCGCCAAGUCAUCUCGACCGCAGCCCUGCUACUUCACCGUCGACGAUACCCUUCUUUACAACGCUUUUCACCAUGACUUUGGUCCUCUCCACAUCGGUCACCUGUACCGCUUCGCCAUUCAGUUCCACGACAUCCUAGGCGCAAAGCAGAACAAGGACCGCCCCAUUGUCUUUUACAGCGCCGCUGACCCCAGAAGUCGCGCAAAUGCUGCCUGUAUGCUCGCAUGCUACAUGGUCCUCAUCCAGAACUGGCCUCCUCAUCUGGCCCUUGCCCCGAUUGCGCAGGUCGAUCCCCCUCUGAUGCCCUUCCGAGACGCGGGUUACAGUCAGGCCGAUUAUGGCAUCAGUGUCCAGGAUGUUGUCUACGGUGUGUGGAAGGCCAAGGAGGAGAAGUGUUGCGAUUUGGAUAACUUCGAUCUUGACGAGUACGAGCGCUUCGAGCGUGUCGAGCAUGGCGAUUUCAACUGGAUCACUCCCCAUUUCCUGGCAUUCGCUUCUCCCCAACACGCGCCUGUCCAGAAGAUCACAGAGGACUCCGACAUGUUCCCGUUACUUCCACGAACACUUGCUGCUGUGGACGCGCAUCCCAAAUUGCCCAAGCCUUUCAAGAACGUGUUGAAGCACUUUUCCGAGAAGAACAUUGGCUUGGUUGUGCGACUCAACUCACAACUUUACUCCUCCUCAUACUUUGAGGCUUUGGGUAUUCAGCACCUCGACAUGAUAUUUGAUGAUGGCACAUGUCCUUCGCUCACAACUGUCCGCAAGUUCAUCAGACUUGCUCACGAGACCAUCACUGUCCGCAAGAAGGGCAUCGCUGUUCACUGCAAGGCUGGUCUGGGCCGAACAGGCUGCUUGAUUGGCGCUUAUCUCAUCUACCGCCAUGGUUUCACUGCCAACGAGGUCAUCUCAUUCAUGCGCUUCAUGCGUCCUGGUAUGGUCGUUGGUCCUCAACAGCACUGGCUACACUUGAACCAGGGUACAUUCCGCGAGUGGUGGGUUGAGGAGAGGAUCGAGCGCAGGCUGAGGAGAGAGAUGGCUGCUGCCAACCCCGUUCCCAGCACACCCAUUCGUGCCAUGCAAAAGACAUCACUACGAAAUGGCCAGAUCUCAACGCCUCCAAACCGAAGUCCCUCCAACCGCACACCGCUGAGCGAAGUCGAUCACGACCGCCAUAACAUUGGGGUCCAGGAAGACUACUUGCCAGCUCCCACACCAGGCCAACCAAGAAAGACAGUGAGGGAUCGUCACCACCCAUACCAACGGUCUACCUCCGGUGGUAUUGUUGAAGUCCAGUGCUCGGUUGAGCAAGAGGCUGAACAUAUCGCUACGCAUAGCCAGCCCCCGACUGUUGAGUCGGACGAAGAGCUGCAUCUGCGCAUGCGCCGUCAUCGCAAGGCAGUUUCCCAAUCACCAGUUCGCAGUGAGAAGACAAGGUCGAUUAGCCAGACAACAGCUGUCUACACAAUAGACAACGACGCAUCACACGAUGCUGAGAACAUUGGCUCGGCGCGCAAGCAUGUUGAGCGGGUUUCAAGUACCCCCGGUGUCUUGACAAAGGUCCGCGGUAGCAAGCGCCAACAGGCUGAAUCCCCUCUCCGAGCUAAGGACUCUGCCGGUAUCCGAAAGACCAGCGGCAGGGUAGGCAGUGCUAGCCACGGCACCUCGGUGACAGCGGCCUCAACGGCUCGCAAGGUUUCUGGAGCUUAG